AUGGGGAUUUCGCCGGGCCAAUCUGGGCUCAAUGACGAUAGUCUCGAUUGUAACGGAUCAACAAUCUUCCGCAGACACGGGAAAAAAGCCGCGCCUGAGAUCAUCGGCCUUUCCAGAGAGCAGGAAAGCCAUCAACAACAAGGAGCCAAACGUGAGCGAAGGAGAGCCAUGCUCUCACCGUUGAAGCCGUGUGCUCCGUCAGCAUCCCUGUUGCGGUUUCUUCGCGUUCAGUCUGGUCUUGUCAACAUUGGUGUUCAAUGCGUGCGACCGAGAAUACGAUCACCCAUAAAUCCAAAGGCACUGACGUCGUUUUCUCGGAGAGCUUCUAAUUUGGCACAUAAGAACCUUUGUCCAAAUCGCCGCGCGACUCUACCCUUGUCGACACCGAUUCCGAUUGCGCAACAUGCUAUACCCACACUGUCAGCAAAACUCAACCCCUCUCAGUCUCCCGCGGGGACCAGAUCUGUCUCUACCAACCGCCGUCCGUUGCUCCGAAGACUGCUGGACCUCAGACGAGGCAAGGUUGUCGAUCCCAAGAAUCACCGCAACAACAACCAGGCAGUGACGGAUGAAGGCACGGAACUCUUCAAUCUUGGUCGGGGGCUUGCAGCCAAAGCCUCGAAUGAAUUACGACUCCGGUGCACGGAAUUCGACAAAAGUGGAAAUGUCACCUUGGUCAACGGAGAAUUUCGCAAGUCAGAACUGAUUGCCAAGUACGGCCUUCUUCCGCGCGAUCUCCGAAAGAUCGAUUCCUCAACACUCCCCCAUAUUCUUGUCCGACCGAGCGCCAUCCUGAUCAAUCUCUUACAUCUGAGGGUACUCAUCAAGGCAGACCGCGUGCUUGUCUUCGAUGCAUAUGGCUCCACGGACUCAUAUAUGCAAUCAUUAUUUAUCUAUGACCUAGAAGGAAAAUUACGUCAGAAACAGUCUCAAGUCGCGCCGGCAGGACAGGCGCUACCGUAUGAGUUUCGCGCUCUGGAAGCUGUUCUCAUCAGUGUCACAACCGGGCUGGAAGAAGAGUUCAAUGGCGUAAGAGAGCCGGUCGUUCGGGUACUGCGGGCGUUGGAAGAGGACAUUGACCGAGACAAGCUUCGACAUCUCUUGAUCUACUCGAAGAAGCUGGGUACCUUUGAGCAAAAGGCUCGCCUGGUGCGAGAUGCCAUCGAUGAUCUGCUUGAAGCAGAUGACGACUUGGCCGCCAUGUAUCUCACCGAGCGGGCGACCGGGAAGGAACGAGAAGAUGACAACCACCAGGAGGUAGAGAUGCUUCUCGAAUCGUACCACAAGGUCUGCGACGAAAUCGUCCAGUCCAGUGGCAAUCUUGUUACGAAUAUCAGAAACACCGAGGAAGUGGUGAAAGCAAUCCUCGACGCCAACCGAAAUUCUCUCAUGCUCCUUGAUCUGAAAUUUAGUAUCGGAACACUUGGUCUCGCCACAGGCACACUCUUCUCCGCCCUUUACGGAAUGAACUUGAAAAACUUCAUUGAAGAAUCUGACUUUGGAUUCGGCGGAGUUUCCGUCAUCUGCUUCGUCCUGACCGGUGUUGUUUGCGUGUACGGGCUCGCCAAGUUGCGCAAGCUGCAGCGCGUCCGCAUGUGGGGCGAGUCUGGGGUUGGGGGAGACUCAUUGGCACAAAUUGCCCCAAGACAGGGUCUGCUCAAUCGUCAUCGCAACUGGCGUGCAGACUCGAUCGAGCCUGUCUGGGGUAGCUUGCCAGGUGAAGCUCGAUCGGAACGUAUCCGACGACUCCGAGAGAAUGCUGCCGUUGCCGCCGCGGCUUCUGCCGCAUCCGCAUCACGACCCUCCAACAUUGGUACUUCCUCUUCGUCCUCUACUGCAUCCGAGGCUUCUGGCCUUGGAAGCAAGCAGAACUCUCAACACAAAACUCUUGGCGACAAGAGUCCUGACUCCGCUGCUGAUACCGACAUGAACGGCAAGGUUUCCGCCUAA